AUGGACUGCCCCGAGGUCAAAGCUGAAACCUCAGCGGACGACAAGCAUUUGGAGCCCCUUCUCAUUCUCGAGGAGGGGGACGAACCUUCGGAUGUGAUAAACAGCGGAGAGAGAGGAAGGGCCGUACUGAGAGUUUGGGCGGCUGAUGAAAACACAGAAGAUGAAGCCGCAGAGGGAAGCUCACAUGAUCACAACAAUGUCCGAGACGAUACAAAAACCCAUGAGGGACUGUCAGACGGGACAGCUGAGGUGUCAGAGGAAAAACCGACGGCUCAAGCAGAAGUGAAGCUGCGGCCCAAAGACACACUGAGCCCUCAUGAUGCAAAGCCUACGGCUCACAGGUUAUCUCCAGAUUUCCCUGACGCUCUGUGUGAGCUGCUGUUCGCGUUACAGGAGGGCCGGCGGCUCAACGACCAGCGCUGCUCGUUCCGUCUGGAGCACCGCAGGAGGUGCUACUCUGAGCCCAGCACGCCUCGCCACAGUCAGAGAGUGGUGUUCUCCUCCAUGACGUCCCUGCAGAAGGAGGAGUUCUUCGACUUGUUGGCGACCUCACAGGCUCGUCGACUGGAUGACCAGCGCGCAGAACUCCAGAACGCUCCCCCUGCCCCCCCUCCGCCCCUGACCAAAGCCAAACAGAGGAGGAGCAGCUGUAAGGUCACAGAGGUCACCCGAGCGGUUCCCACACAAACACCCAAAGAGGACUUAUACAACAUGAUCGUCAACUCACAAGCCCAGGGCCGGCUGGAGGAGCAGCGCAGUGCAGCUCCAGGACCGAUGGACGAUGAGGAUUUCUUCUCUUUGUUGCUGAAGGUUCAGGGCGGGAGAAUGGAUGAACAGAGAACGGAGCUCAAACCUGUUCAUUAAUAGAUGCGAUGAAGCUGAGAAUCAAACGAGAGGUUCCUGCUUUACUGGGCCUGUCACGGUGUGAGUUUAUGAUGUCAGACCCUUUCCUGUCCAGAGACGAAUAAAUACAAAAUCAGACUAUUAAUAUAAGAACACUUGCACUACUUCUCAACAUUCCUACAUGUGUUGCGCUUCACAGCUCUAUAGCGAUAAUGAAUGGGAGAGAAACAGAAAAUAUCUGCUUUAAAUAUUCAGGGUAAUUUGAAGGAUCUUUGCCUCUUUCUGUUAUGUAUAUGCUACAGUAUUGAAAUUAAAAUAAAUGUUUGAAUGUUAAUUAUAAUGUUUACUGGUUUUAUAUACCAAAAGUGAACUCAAGAGCACGAGUUAAAACAUGUUUAAUGUUUUAAUGAGAAUUUUCUCUGUGCAACUUCCCUGAUUUAGCCACUAGGUGGCGACAGAGACUGGUCAUUUUAAUGUCACUUAAGAGGGAUGAAGGUGGACGAACACCUGUUUAUCUGCUCAUUAAUACAAAUAUCUAAUCAGCCAAUCACAUGGCAGCAAGACAUGUAGACAUGAUAAAGAGGAUCUGCUGAAGUUCAAACUGAGCAUCAGAAUGAGGAAGAAAUGUGAUUUAAAGGCCCACUGAAGUGCCUUGGAGCGCGCAGCAUUAUUCAAUGUGUUGACGUAAUUUCAGCUGAAACGUGAAGACAGGGCGGGACAUAUGAACAGCUCCUCCCCUUUUUUUAAAAUAGCCAAUAGCGUUUCGGCUAUAUCACAGCUCGACCGGAGCCAUAGGAGCUCUGUAAAGCCUACGAAUCUCUAACUGUUUCUCCUCCAUAUCGCUUUAAAGCGGUCAUGAAUUGAGAAAUCAACUUUUCCUUGAGCUUAUAUAUAGGACGUCAAAUACUAAAAAAAUAUAAGUACUUUUAUUGACACCAGGCCCAGCGAACGACUCGUCCUGGAAUGUGCCUAGAGAUACGUGAAACUCCGCCUCCGCAGAAGAAAUCAACUCCUACUUCAUCAUUGCAUCAUUAGCCCCGCCCACUGGUGUGUUAGUGAGAUGAGGAGGAGAGAAGAGCGAUACAGGACUAAAAUAACAUUACCUUUCAAAGGAUCCUAAUGCUAGGAAUAUGGUUAUUUAUUUUCAACAAUGUGAAUGUCUCAGUUGAGCUUUAUUUAUUUGUAUUCGGUACAUUUCACUGUGGAUUCUUUGUUAAAUCAAUCGCAUUUCGGACUUUAGACUCUUACGACAGUAAUGCAACAACAUGUCAGUAACUGUGUUAAUUAAUGCCUGAUCUGAUAUUAAUGAUUCAUGUACAGUCAGAUGUUCUUUGUCUAUGUGUCAGUAAAUCAAACCAGUGACUAAACGCUCAACUUCACAUUGUUUCUCUUAGUAGGAUGAAAAUAAUCUGUUGUUUAAACGGUGAUUAAAUUAUACAUGGAAAGCGAUCAAAGAACGCUCCCUUUACAAUCGCUGGAGCUGUCAAUCAAACAGAGCGAGUUUAUCAGUGACUGAGUUCUGGACUCGCGCUAAAACUCCCGUUUUAUUUUAUAAAGCAUUCGUUAGUGUGCAGAAAUUGAGUUGCAAUGACGAGAUCACUGCUUUCAUGCGCUCAACAACAUGUCUGUGAUCGGCUACAAUGUUCAUCACUGCAACCUUUCACGCCACGAUCGAAAUAUAAUGCCAUAGAUCUAAAUGUAAGUUUUCGAGAGAGUAAUACUGUUAAAUAAUUUCUUAUUUCUUGGGCUUCACUUUUUUACUUUCUUUGUGUUUUGGGCUUUUUCCAUUGUGCGUGCAACAUCAUGUACCUACUUAGACAAAACAAGAAGUAGUAGUCCUUGGACACACUGACACUCUCACACGCAACCAGAAGUUGAAGACAGACACACACACACACACACACACAUACAUUUCUUGUUAAUAUAUUCCUCGAAAUGCCAUACAUGGUAAGGUUUGAUUCUUAAGUCAUAUGAUUGGAUGCUCAAGCCAUCCUGGAUGUUGUUAUUUGACCUAUGUCUAUAAAUAUGACCCUACUUCCUGAAUAAAUCAGAGAAUGCUUUGUACCACA